UUUUCUCAGUCUCCGCCCAACCGGCUUUGCAUUCACUCGAGUACGUCUAUUUACUUUGCAAGCUCAUAUCGAGCUUUCGUGUUUUUAUAGACAAAGAUACGCAAAAAAACCACCAAUUGCUUUAUUUUUUUAUCCGUUUUUCUGGUUUCUUAUUAUUGAUAAAUUUAUAAAUAUAUACAAUUUGUUAUUUUAGUUUUUUGUAAAGGAUUAAAGUUUUAUUAUUUUACGAUGACAACUUUCUGGCUCAGUUAAUCGUGUGAUUAGUGUGUGAUACUUGGGUGUAAGCUUAGAAAAACUUAAAGCUCCAGUUAAUCAGUAUCUCUGGAGGCGUUAAGGAAACAGUCAAGAUCAAUCGCUGCGAGAAAAUGUCGACAAGACAAGUUUUUAUCAAGGACCAGUUAUGACAGGAACGUACCGGAGAUCGGUGAGUACAGAGAGCGCGGGAGAAGAUGAAGACAGCAUUGGGGGUGAGGAAACAAUCACGAAUCUGGCCAUGACAACGAGAACACCUCGUAUGAGCAUGAGUGGCCGCCCGGGAGGAUUCUUCCGUGGCAUGGGGAGCCAACAUCAUCACCACCAUCAUCAGCAGCACGUGAGCUUUGACCCAGAAGCACCGGAGCCACCACCUCCACCUCCGAUGCCACAGUAUCAUCAUCAGACAUCGAAUUUCCUCGAGAAACCCGAUGUAGAUAAAAAGGUCAAGCGACACAGUAUUCAUGGAAUGAUGGAAGAAGAAAAUGUAGUAAGGCCACAUCAAGAGAUGGCAAGUCUUUCUUUGGCUGAAAAAAAAUAUCUUCUAGCUGUUGAACGCGGUGAUGUUGCUUCUGUAAGGAGGAUGUUACAACGAGCUCAACAGGACGAGUGGAUAAAAAUAAAUUGUGUGGAUCCAUUGGGCAGAUCAGCGCUUCUAAUGGCAAUAGACAAUGAAAAUCUUGAGAUGGUUGAGUUAUUAAUAGAGUACAAAGUCGACACUAAAGAUGCAUUAUUACACGCAAUAUCUGAAGAAUUUGUAGAAGCUGUUGAGGUGCUUCUCGAGCACGAGGAGACUCUACACAGGAAAGGCGAUCCCCACGUAAGCAGCUCGGCUGUGUCGUCUGCUUGUCAUAUGCCCAGUUGGGAAGCACUUCAUCCAGACACAGCAACUUUUACUCCAGAUAUUACGCCCCUAAUUCUCUCAGCUCAUCGAGAUAAUUAUGAAAUUAUUAAAAUACUUUUGGACCGCGGUUCUGUUUUGCCUAUGCCACAUGAUGUUCGUUGUGGGUGUGACGAGUGUGUAACCUCAAGAAUGGAGGAUUCGCUGCGACAUUCAAGAAGUAGAAUAAAUGCAUACAGAGCACUGGCAUCUCCUUCACUGAUAGCUUUGUCUUCCAAAGAUCCCAUUCUUACGGCCUUUGAAUUGUCGUGGGAGUUACGGCGACUGUCUUUCCUAGAGCACGAGUUCAAAUGUGAAUACCAGGAACUUCGACGUCAGUGUCAGGAUUUCGCUACUGCACUCCUAGAUCACACGAGAAGUUCCCACGAACUUGAAGUACUUCUCAAUCAUGAUCCAACGGGACCAGCAUUUGAACACGGGGAACGUAUGCAUUUGAAUCGGUUGAAAUUAGCUAUUAAACUUCGUCAAAAAAAGUUUGUUGCUCACCCAAAUGUACAGCAGCUCUUAGCGUCAAUUUGGUACGAAGGAUUACCAGGGUUCCGCAGAAAAAAUAUGGUACUGCAGGUAUUAGAAAUAGUGAGAAUCGGAAUUCUCUUUCCAAUCUUCAGCGUUGCAUACAUAAUCGCACCUCACAGUAACUUCGGACAAACAAUGAGGAAGCCUUUUAUUAAAUUCAUCUGCCACUCUGCUUCCUACUUCACAUUUCUCUUCAUGCUGAUACUUGCCAGCCAGAGGAUAGAAAGUGUAAUUGGUCUCUGGAUGGGUCAAGAUAUCUCUGAACACGAGCAAACAACUCCAACAAAACGCGGAGCAGCUCCAACUCUCGUUGAAUGGUUUAUCUUGGCCUGGGUGUCAGGACUAAUUUGGUCCGAAGUUAAACAACUGUGGGAUGUAGGACUCGAGGAAUAUGCUAAUGACAUGUGGAAUGUAAUUGACUUUGUCACAAAUUCACUUUACGUUGCCACUGUCGCGUUAAGAGUUGUGGCUUACUAUCGAGUUCAAAAGGAAAAUGAAGGGCAAUUAGCUGGUAUGAUAGUUGAACUCCAGAGAGAGCAAUGGGACACGUGGGAUCCCAUGCUCAUAUCAGAGGGACUUUUUUCAGCUGCUAACAUUUUCAGCUCGUUGAAGCUGGUUUAUAUCUUCUCGGUAAAUCCUCAUUUGGGUCCACUACAGGUAUCAUUAUCCCGAAUGGUUAUGGAUAUUAUGAAAUUUUUUUUCCUCUAUGUACUUGUAUUAUUUGCAUUCUCCUGUGGACUCAAUCAACUGUUGUGGUAUUACGCGGAUAUGGAGAAAAAAAGAUGCCCGUCGGCUUCGUAUCCUUACAGUAAUAACAAUACCACCACUGAUUCAAAUGCUUGUAUUGUUUGGAGACGUUUUGCUAACCUUUUUGAAACAAUUCAAACACUUUUUUGGGCAGUAUUCGGUCUAAUAGAUCUCGAAAGUUUUGAACUGGACGGUAUCAAAGUAUUCACAAGAUUCUGGGGCAUGCUGAUGUUCGGUACUUACUCAGUUAUAAAUAUAGUCGUAUUAUUAAAUCUACUGAUCGCAAUGAUGAAUCACUCGUAUCAGCUGAUAUCCGAGCGUGCAGACGUUGAAUGGAAGUUUGCAAGAAGCAAAUUAUGGAUCAGUUACUUCGAAGAAGGGGGAACUGUACCACCGCCGUUCAAUAUUAUACCGACGCCUAAAAGCAUGUGGUACAUAGGCAAAUGGAUCUAUAGAAAAUUCUGUGGGCAUAGUAGAGCUGCUAAAAAAGAACACAUGAGAACUAUACGUCGUAAAGCGAAGCAGGCGUCAGAGCGAGAUCUGAGGUAUCAAAGUAUCAUGAGAAAUCUCGUGAGAAGAUACGUGACUGUGGAGCAGAGAAAAACCGAGGGUGAAGGUGUCACUGAAGACGACGUCAAUGAAAUAAAGCAGGACAUCAGCGCAUUCAGAUGUGAACUUAUUGAGAUCCUGAAGAAGUCUGGAAUGAAUACAUCAACAUCCUCUGGAACCGGUACCGGCGCUGGGGGUAAAAAAAAUAGACAGAAAGAGCGAAGAUUGAUGAAAGGAUUUAAUAUUGCGCCCCAGCCACCCGGUGGCAGUGGAACUUUACCGCCGGUUGCGGAGUUUAUUGCGUCUCUACAGCAGGCUCAGGACGAAAACUCGGAAAAUCAGGAGCUCUUCGGUAGCACAUUGAGUAGCAUAUUUGGACCUGCAACUACUCCUAAGAAGAACCCUCAUCAUAUUAGCACAAAUAGUGUACCGGGUCUGACGACUAGCAAUCGACAGAAUCGGUGCACACGCAAUGGAUCCCGUAAACGCCGCUGGGGAACUUUGAUUGAAGCUGCCAAAGCACGUUCACGGCUCAUUGCCGGUAGAUCGAGGUCUGAAGAUUCCAUGUAUCCACCAGCGUCUGAAGACGGCGGAUUCCGUUCCGAGGGUUCAUCAGAUUCAAAAUCAUCUUUAGACGGUGCCCCGCAACUUCCAUCAACUCACGAACAUUCCCAAGUGACAACCCAGAGCACCAACGGACGUAACGAUAAUCACCACGUGUUUUCUCACGGUCUAGGUCCAGCUCUCGCAGCUCUUCGUAAGAAGCGCAAAAAAUUUUCCGCAUCUCGUGCUUCGACUCCCGUAAUAACCAGCGAAAAUGCCAGUACUGUCGACAGUUUAUCAACGUUGCCAGUUCGAAACUCAUCGGCAUCUUCGGCGAUCGGUAAAACGACGAAAAAUCAAUUACACCGAGCUAGCAGUGUCCCAGCUCGCAGUCCAGAUCUUUCGGCGCACAAUUUAUCAAGACGGCACGACUCGACCCAGAGUCAGCAGCCAAGUCUCGACACCAUUGAGAUUGUUAGUGUUAGUGAGCGACUCGAAAACGAUGAUGUAAGAAUAGAUGUUGAACCGCUGAGUCCUUCAACGACGGAAGAAAGUUUUCUGGGUCAACCGACAACCUCAAGGGACUCAGUACCAGUUCAGAGUCUUACAACAAGCGUCAAAAGAAACGGUUCUGCGACACAAUUGCAGAGACUACCAGGCAUUGAGACAAUUCGUGAUGUCACCUCCGGCUGGCUCUGAGGCUUCGAUACAAUCAAAUUGACUCGAUGCUUUUAAUCCAAAGAAUUCAUAAAUUAUAUUUUAAAAAAUUAUUUAUAUUAUUUAUAUAUACAUAUAUAUAAAUUAAAUUAAAUUUAUUAAUUAAUAAAUUUAAUUCAUAAUGAAUUUAAAAAUAAAAAUAUAAAAAUAUUGACAAGCGCGCAGGCGCCUUUCCAUUUUUUAAAAGAAAAACUUAUAAAGAUUAUAAUUAUCUUACACAUCAUCAAUUCGCCUUUUAAAAUCGUCUAAAAAAAUAUUAAAAUAAUAAAUCGCGAAUUUGUUUUAAACAAAACGUAUUUUUUCACCAGCACGCUGUAAAUGAAUAUUAUUAUCGUAGUGAUGUCAUCAUCACACGCGUUUACAACUGCCAGUUAAUAAAUUACUGCUAAUGCUGUAACUCGAUAAAUCACAAUUAUUAUAAUUAAAUUGUAAAUUAUUUAUUAUUUAUAAAUUUUAAUUCUAUUUAUAUUUAUUCAUUUUUUUUAUUUAUAAUACAAAGUAUAAAUAAAAAAAAAAAAAAAGUAAAUGUUGACGAUUACAAGUAUUUGUAAAAGCAUUUAAAAUUUUAUUAUCAAUUAAAAUUGUCGAUUAUUAGAGUAAAGUCGAGUAGAGUCCGAGUUAGACGAUGAUGUAAGAAUUGUUAAAGAAAAAAAAAUAUAUAUAUAAAUAUUAAAUCAUUUAACACACAAACUGGUGGAUGAGACGUUGUCGUCACGACCAAAUAUCACCAGUUGAUAUAUUAAUUGUAUUCCAAAUAGAAUUUAAAUUAGUAUUUUAAAACCAGAAGCGCACAAUGUCGAACGGUCGCCGAUUGUCGCGUUUAAUUAUAUUAAUAUCAUUAAAAAUUAUAAUUAUAAUAAAAAAAAUUAUUAUUAAUAAUAUAAAGAUUAGUAUUAUUUUAUUACGUCUAGUUUAUUUUCAAAUUAAAUCUUAAUAUUUAAGUAUUUUAUUGUAUAAGUUUUGUAUUUUUACGGGGAUUCUACGGUUCCUGUGGCGAUGCCAAAUGACCACGGAUUCAUAUAGAACUCAACAAAAUAAGACUUUUUUAAAGAAUAAAAGUUUUCGAUAUCUCGCUUAGUUUUCGAGAAAAAUGGAUUUUGGGAAAAAUGUGAUUUUUUUUAAAAAGUCAAAAAUUUCAAAGAUUUUAAUAUCUUCAUUUUUUUUUUUUAUUUUUUUCCGAAAACUGCAUUUAAAGAUGAAAAUAAAAAAAAAAAAUGUCUGAAUUAGUCCAUUUUUAAAAAAGUUUGAGCUAUUUGAAAAAAAGUUUUGUUUCGUCAAGUUCUACAAGAAU